AUGCUUUCAAAUUCGGUUUUUAACAUGUUUGGAGCAGUAGCCCCAAAAAUUGAAGGGUGCGAUGGCAUAAUUUACAAUGCGACGACUAGUCAAGAAGAAUGUCUUUAUUACGAUAACGAUGUUGAAUGUAGAGACCCAAUGCUGAAAUAUGAGUUUAAAUCGGUCGCUGUUGAAUUCUCACAACUUUGCUCUCGACAUGAAAAUUCAUUCAUGGAUAGUAUAAGUCAAAUUUUCGGAGGAUCAAACCUUGCAAGAUUCUCGACAACAUCCCAGAUGGUAGGAAUAAUGGUCGGAUCUGCUCUUUCUGGACAACUAUCAGAUAUAUACGGACGAAAAAUGGUCACUCAAGUUGUUUUAAUUUUUAUGUUAAUUUUUUCGACGGGAUCAUCAUUUUCUACGUCUAUUGAGAUAUUUAUACUUUUUCGUUUUCUCAUUGGAAUAUGCUGUGGUGGUUUAUCAACAGUUGGCCAAAUAUUCAUAGUGGAAAAUCUCCCUUCAGCUCACCGUAUGUGGAUGUGUACUGUCGUUACGUGGGCUCCAAACUAUAUUCUUUUUGCCUUCUUUGCAUACAUUGCCCAAGAUUGGCGCUCUUUGGCACGCUUUGGAAAUUGCAUGACUUUGGUAGCCAUUAUAUUAUGCAUUGGAUUUCUUCCAGAAAGUCCAAAAUAUCUCAUUCAAUUGAGAAAACGAAAACAUGCUAUUAAGGCAAUUCACUACAUUAAUAAAUUUAAGUCCCAAAGGAAAAAGCUAAGCAGUGAAGAAAUCGCGGAGAUUGUUGACAGUUCUAUAAAAGAAUCCCAAAUCGCCAGACAGAAAGCAAAGAAAUAUCAUUUCAAACAUCUUUAUACGAACUCGAAAAUAGCUAUUCGGACAUUAGUUACUUCAUUCUCAAUGUUUUCUGUGAGUUACGUUACUUACGGACUAUUAUUUAACUAUGAUGUUCUGACCGGUUCGAUUUACAUUAAUUCCGCAAUUUCUGGCUUACUUCGAUACAUUGUUGGAGCAUUGGUUGCUCUUCUUGAUCAUUUUGGAAGAAAAACUAUUGGCAGAAAAGUAAUGCAUUUUGCUACAGUUGGUCUCAUAAUGAUGUGUAUGCUUGGAAUAUUUUUUAUUGAAUACCAUGGGAUGCAACAAGAGUAUAAAUUUUACAUCAGGGCAUUAACAUUGUUAGCAUUUGGUAUUACUGGGUGUUUAUUUCUUCAAAUUCUUUUAAUUACUGCGGAAUUGUUCCCAACUGGAAUAAGGAACAUUGCGUCAGCACACGUCAAUGUAUGCGGACGCCUUGGAAAUGUAUUUGGUCCCAUGAUUUUUAGCUACAAAUUCGGAUUUGAAGGGGCACCUUAUUUAGUUCUCGGUUUACUUUGUUUGGUUGACAUUUUAGUUUUCCACUUGUUCAUCCCAGAAACUAAAAACCAGGCCCUCCCAUCAGAAAUGCCUCCGAAGAAACGACAACAAGACGAGCAAGGCACGGAGCUAUUGUAG